GUGGCGCGAUGCUUCGUCUUGGCAGAGAACGCUUCUCUUGCGGAUUUCGGCUCCGUAGGCGUCUUCUGAUGCGACGGGAUGUCGACACUCUCAAGAGAGCCAAAUAUAAAAUGAAACCACGCUUGCGCCCUUCUUCCUCGUCCUUCUCGACACUCGCAGAUUUAUCGCCGUGAUCGAGAACGAAGCAGUUCCGAUUUAAGUCUAAUAGAAAGCACGGAUUUUGCUGGAUGUCUUUCAUAGAGGAACCGGAGUCCCUGUUUAUCCUCAGUAACCUUGGCGCUAAAUCCCAUAAUUUUACUGCCCUAAUUCAGCAAAUUACGGCGUCGCUAUCAGCCUCCAGCUGCUCUCACGAUGACCGCAGAGGCGGCGAUGCUUGCCGAGACGAUGCGGCCGCUUUCCGGCUCAAGAUGAUGGCGAUCGGAGCCAUCCUGAUCGCCGGCGUUGGUGGCGUUGCGAUCCCUCUAGUUGGGAGAAAGCGUCGAUUUCUUCGAACGGAUGGAAGCCUCUUCGUGUUGGCGAAAGCGUUUGCCGCAGGAGUCAUCCUCGCAACUGGGUUCGUCCAUAUGCUUCACGACGCACAGAUUGCACUCUCCAACCCCUGCCUCCCGGAAUCCCCAUGGCGCCGAUUUCCCUUUUCAGGCUUCAUCGCAAUGCUUGCCGCGCUUGGAACCCUCGUGAUAGAUUUUGUGGGCACGCAGAUUUAUGAGCGGAAGCAUCGCGAGGAGCAGAUGGGAUUGAAGGCGGCGGCCGCGGCGGCGGUUUCGUCGGACUCUAUUGUUGCGGCGGCGCCAGAGUUUGACGAGGAGGCUCGCGCCGGGGAGGAUCCGAUGCAUAUCGUCGGAAUCCGCGCGCAUGCAGCGUCUCAUCAGCAUUCGCAUGCGCAUGCCCACGAGCACGGGCAUGUGCUUGCCCACGAUGAUGAGGGUCAAGUCUCUUCGCACGUGCGCCACAUAGUCGUUUCACAGAUUCUGGAGCUGGGAAUUGUCUCGCACUCUGUUAUCAUCGGGUUGUCUCUUGGAGUAUCGCAGAGUCCUUGCACAAUCCGGCCUUUGAUUGCGGCGCUCUCUUUCCACCAGUUCUUCGAAGGAUUUGCGUUGGGUGGGUGUGUAUCACAAGCACAGUUCAAGAACGCGGCGGCCGCGUUGAUGGCGUGCUUCUUCGCCAUAACGACGCCUGCAGGAGUUGGCGUCGGUACGGCGCUGGCCCGGCAGUACAACUAUAGAAGCCCUCGUGCGCUGCUGGUUGAGGGUGUACUAGAUUCUGUGUCGGCGGGCAUACUCAUCUACAUGGCGCUCGUUGAUCUCAUCGCAGCGGACUUUCUCAGCCGUCGGAUGAGCUGCAAUUUCCGGAUGCAAGUCGCGUCCUACGUGGCGCUCUUUCUGGGCGCCGCUUCCAUGUCUUCCCUCGCCAUCUGGGCCUAAUUAAUUUUGAAUGUGUUCUUGUUAUAUUUUUUUUUUAGGAUUUAUCUCAUAAAUUUAAAAAAUAACAUUUCAAUACCCUAAAAUCUCUUCUUUUUCAUUAGAGGAACUCCUUUAUAUGGUCAUCGAAGGUUUGGGGUGGCUGAAAUGUAAAUUUUUAUGUUUUGGGGUUGUUAAAGGUGAUAUAUUUGGAGUUUUUAUAUAAGAACCAUCCAAAAUGUUGAAUAUUUUAUUUUGAACGCCUAAAUUUUAAAGGGGGUUAAAAAUGAAAUAUUCAAUGUUUUUAGUGUUUGAGUGGUGGAUAG